GUAAAAUAUUCAAUCCUGUCUCCCUUCUCCGGCUCGCGCGCACUCUCUCUGUCCAAUCCAUCCCCAUCUUCUCGCAUUCAACUCGUCACCCAGAUCCGCCUCCCCUGCUUCAUGCCCAGGCCCAGCUGCUUGCCCGCACCAACGCUAGAUCCUCGACGAAGGGAGGCCAGAUGUGAGAGGAGAGGUUGUGGUAGAGAGGGGAGCAGCGUUGUGUGGCCACCACUCGACGUUCGGAGGACGGGGGGAGCAGGAGCGACCUCCCCUCGACGCGGUCGGUAUUGAGCAUCGGUGGAGAUCUCGUCGGAAGGGGAGGACCGGCACGGCGAGCUGGAGCUGGAUUGACGGCUUGAUUCUUUUUGUAGAUGAGACAUGCAUUGCAUGGCAGAGAACACUGGUGUAUUUUGCACAUGGCGCUAUCCAAAAGUUGUUUGCAGUAUGAUCUAAAACACCUGUCUACCUUUGUGCGCACUUAAGCUCUGAAAGAGAUCUACAAUCAAGAUGGAUCUGGUGGUGGGUGCCUCAACGGGCGCGCUGCAGGCCGUCCUCCCCAGGCUGGCCAGGAUGCUGGGCGAAGAAUACAAGCUGCAAAAGGGUGUCAAGGACGCGGUACGGUACCUCCAUAAGGAGCUCGAGAGCAUGCAAACAGCCUUGGAGAAGGUGUCACAGGUGCCCGUGGACCAGGUCGACCCGCUGGUCAAGCUCUGGGCGAGGGACCUGAGGGACAUGUCCUACAAAAUCCAGGACGCCAUCGACUCCUACAUGGCGCAUGUUGACUCCGCCAGGGAGCCUGGAUCCUCCACAGCUUGCUGUGUUAAUGUCAAGGGCAUGCUGCCGCGGUCAUGGCCAUGUUGUGCUCGGCACGACAUCGCCACAGAGAUCGAGCGCAUAAGAAUACAAGUCGAGGAGGUGAGCAGGCGUCGUGAGAGGUGCAAAGUUGACGGCAUUGCAGCAGCAUCACCAGCCCCGUCUGACCCCCGGAUGCUUUCUCUGUUCCAAGAUAAGGAAAAGCUUGUUGGCAUUGACCGCUCUAGCACACACAUGAUCAAGUUGCUGUCCAUGGAAGGUGAAGGCACAUCGUCGGAGCACAAGCUCAAAUUGGUAUCCAUCGUCGGCCCUGCUGGAAUGGGAAAGACAACCCUAGCUAACGUCGUGUAUCAAAAGCUCGAACACAAGUUUGCCUGCACAGCUUUUGUUUCGGUUUCUCUCAAGCCUGAUAUCAAGAAUAUCUACAACAGCAUACUUCGCCAAGUCAGUAGCAAAAUCAAGGAUGUUCCCAAGGCCAUGGAAAACAGCAAACAUCAUCAAGAAAGCCAACGAUAUUAUGGAGACACGCAUGGGUGGUCCGAUGCUGAGGUCAUCAAGAAAAUCAGACUUGUCCUCCAGGACAAGAGGUACUUGAUUGUUAUUGAUGACAUAUGGAAUGAACGAGCAUGGAAAGAAAUCAAGUGUGUUCUGGUAGAGAACAAAUUUGGCAGUAAAAUAAUCACGACAAGUCGCAAUUUUGAUGUUGGUAAAUCAUGUUGUUCUUGGGAUAAAGUUGAUGGUACUGUACACAAACUGCUACCUCUUUCUGAUAACGACUCAAAAAGUUUGUUCCGUCACAAAUUAUUCUCUAAAGAUGAAGACCUUACUGAAUUUGACUAUGAGGCGGCUAAGAUGAUAUUAGAGAAGUGCAAGGGCUUGCCAUUAGCUAUUGUCACCAUAGCUAGUCUACUUGCAAACAAGCCGAAGGAUCAGUGGUGUCGGGUAGUCAACUCAAUUAGUACUGGAUUAGAGACUAGUGAUGGUGUGAAGGACAUGCAUCUUAUAUUAUGGCUUAGCUACUGUGAUAUGCCUCCACAGCUAAGGACUUGUUUCUUAUACCUAAGUAUAUUUCCAGAGGACCACAUAAUUGGAAGAGAUGACUUGAUAUGGAAAUGGGUAGCCGAAAACUUUUUUCCGGCAAGACAAGAUGAAAACCCGUAUGAACUGGGAGAUAAGUUUUUCAAUGAGCUUAUUAAUAGGAGUAUGAUCCAACCGAUCCAUGUCGACCGCUCUGGGAGGGCGCAAGCUUGUCGUGUACACGAUGUGGUACUUGAGUUUAUUACUUCCUUGUCAGCUGAAGAAAAUUUUGUUACAGUAAUGAAUGGCCAGCCUUUUCCAUCUGAACAAGACAGUAUCCAUCGGUUAUCCCUCCGGGGCAGCCGGGAGCACAGAGUACCUCAGUCAAUCAAAAAGCUGCCUCAUGUGAGGACACUGGUUGUAUCCUCGAAUGCUAUUGAUUUGAUGCCAUCCCUCUUCAUUUUUCCAGUUCUACGAGUCUUGGAUUUAGAACAUUGCACUAGUGUCAACAUUGUAGGACUAGGGCGCCUGGUUCACCUGAGGUAUCUGAGGCUAGGGAUUUCACAGCCUACAUGGGAGAAAAGCGAUCUGAAGCGUUUGUUCCAGUCUUUGUGCAAUCUGAAGAACCUGGAAGCUCUUUAUAUCUUUGCUCAGGAUUUGUCGCUUGAUUUCAUGUUGCAAGUAGACUGGGCCACUUCACGCCUCCGAAAACUUACAGUUUGUGUCCGUCCACAGACUGAAUAUAUAAUAAGACCAGAAUCUAUAUGGUCAGAGUUCAGCCCAUUCUCCACACUGCCAAGGUGGAUAAAUUACUCGCUCUCCAGCCUCUCUGACUUAUCCAUCAUCGUGACGGUAUUACGGCAGGAAGAUCUUCAUAUUCUGGCAGCUUUGCCCAUUCUUCGUAGUGUGGAUUUGGAAGUGAUAGAUGCCACACGGAAAAAGUUGGAAGUGACCAGUGCUAUUGGCAAUGCAAUAGCAUUCCGAUGUCUUGCAUGUCUUAGGUUUACAAGCCGUGCACUUGGGUUGGUGUUCUGUGGAGGAGCCAUGCAUAAGCUUCAACAGCUCUUUCUUAGUUUUGCUCUUGCAGAAACAAAUGAUGUGCAUGCCGAUUUCGAUUUUGGCUUGGAGAAUCUCAUCUCCCUUAAUGCCGUGGACGUCAUAGUCGACUGUCGCUGUGCCAAGGUAUGGCAGAUGCAGGCUGCAGAGGCUGCAUUGAAUAGUGCAACCAAAAAGCUCAAUCCCAAUCCCAACAAGCAUAUUCUUCGUCUGACAAAGCAUUUUGAGAAGGAAAUGUACUGGGAUGGAAAGGGAUGCAUCCCUGUGACAGAAAUAAUGAAAGAAGUGGAACAAGUUGGGGUUGCAAGGACUGGACUGUGGGGAGGAAAUACUGGCCAAUUUCGAGACAUCAGCGUGGCACCCUGCCGUUUAAAAAGUGUAACAAUUUGCAGUGACGAGGUUAUCAACUCAAUUGAAUUUUCAUAUAUUGAUCACAAUGGGAAGCAGCACAAUGUAGGUCCAUGGGGCGGUGAUGGGCGUCUUGGAUGGCACGAUCAUAAUAUUCAUCUUGGUUCUUCGGAGUACCUCACAGAAGUUUCUGGAACGAUGGGACGGUAUAAACAUUCAGCAGGGUACGUUAUAACAUCCCUUACGCUUGUCAGCAAUGUUCACGUCUAUGGACCUUUCGGAGGAGGAGGAGGGAUUCCUUUCAGCACUCCAAUGCAAGGCAAUGGCAGCAUUGUUAGCUUCUUUGCAUGUACAGGGUGGUUUGUUGACACAAUUGGUUUUUACGUAAACGCUAAUAAAGAAACAAUUGAAGAUGAUGAAGAAGAGGUUUGUUGCCUUGAAAAGAUUGGGCCGUGGGGUGGGCAUAUUGGGUAUCUUCGAGACAUCAAGGCGGCGCCUCCCAGCCGUUUGGAAUGUGUAAUAAUUUGUAGUGGCAAGGUUAUCAACUCCCUUUCAUUUUCCUACAGUGAUAGCAUUGGGCAGCAACAUGCUGUAGGUCCGUGGAGUGGUGAUGGGACUUACGACGGUGCAUGCUAUCAUACGAUUUCCCUUGGCCCAUCCGAGUUUCUGAUGGAGGUUCAUGGAACGAUGGAUCAACAUAAAAAUGCACAAAGCUGUGUUAUAUCAUCACUUACUUUUAUCACCAGUGUUCAGAUCUAUGGGCCUUUUGGGGAACAAGGGCAAAUUGCUUUCAACACUUCCACACAGAGCAAGGGCCACAUUGUUGGUUUCUUUGCACGUACAGGGUGCUAUGUCGAAGCAAUAGGUUUCUACCUACACCACGAGAAGAAAACAAUGGAACAUAAAGAAGAGGCCCAUCUUGCAAAGAUUGGUCCGUGGGGUGGAUGUACGGGGUUGGCUAAAGACAUUAAGGUGGCACCAUGCCGUUUGAGUAGCGUGAUAAUUUGUGCCGGCGAGGUUAUCAACUCAAUUGAAUUUUCAUAUCCUGAUCACAAGGGGAAGAUGCACACUUUUGGUCCAUGGGGAGGUGAAGGAGGUCAUAGCGGUCACCAUCAUAAAAUUAUGCUUGGCCCGUCAGAGUUUCUUAUAGGAGUUUCUGGAACAAUGAACCGAUAUAGACAUGCACCCGGCUAUGUUAUAACAUCGCUCACAUUUGUCACCAAUGAUUGCAGCUAUGGACCUUUUGGAGAUGGGGGAGGAUUUCCUUUCAACACUCCAAUGCAGAGCAAUGGCAGCAUUGUUGGCUUCUUUGCACGUACUGGGUGGUUUGUUGAUGCAAUAGGUUUCUAUGUAAACGCGGAGCAGGAAACAAUGGAAGAAGAAGAAGAGGCUUGUCUCGCAAAGAUUGGACCGUGGGGUAGUGGAGAUAUUGGAUACCUUAGAGACAUCAGGGUGCCACCCUGUUAUCUGCAAAGUGUAAUAAUUCGGAGUGGGAAGGUUAUCAUCUCACUUGCGUUUUCCUAUAGUGAUAACAAUGGGCAGCAGCAUGCUGCAGGUCCAUGGGGUGGUGAUGGGCCUGAUGAUGUCGGGUGCAAUCAUACGAUUUUACUUGGCCACUCCGAGUUUCUGAAAGAAGUUUCGGGAACAAUGGAUCUACAAGCCAAUGUAAUAACAUCACUUAUGCUUGUCACUGAUGCUCGCAGCCAUGGACCUUUUGGAGGAGGAGGUGGAAUUCCUUUCCACACAAAAGUGGAGAGCAAUGUCAGCAUCGUUGGCUUUUUUGCGCGUGCGGGGCAGUACGUUAACGCAAUAGGUUGCUAUGUAAGCCACCGGAAUGAAAGAAUGAAACACGGGCACAAGGAUGGUCUUGCAAAGAUUGGACCAUGGGGUGGAACUACUGGGAAACCAUACGACGUCAGCAUGCCACCCUGCCGUUUGGAAAGUGUGACAAUUUGGAGUGACGAGGUUAUCAACUCACUUGCAUUCUCAUACACUGAUCAUAAUGGGCAGCAUCACGCUGCAGGUCCAUGGGGUGACGGGCCAUUUGCUGUGCAGGAUCAUACGAUUUCACUUGGGCCAUCGGAGUAUCUCAUAGAAGUCUCCGGGACGAUGGAUCGUUAUAAACAUGCACCAGCCUAUGUUAUAACGUCGGUUACACUUGUAACCAAUGCUCGCAGAUAUGGGCCUUUUGGAGGCGGAGGAGGUGUUCCUUUCAACACUCCAAUACAGCGUAAUGGGAGCAUUGUUGGUUUCUUUACGCGUGCAGGGUGGUUUGUUGAUGCAAUUGGUGUCUACGUUUGUCCAUUACCAGUCUAGCUCUUCUUUACUUGCAGAUAUAUGGGUUUCUAUCGCCAUUUUCCGUAGAAUUUGAUUCGAACUAUUGCCUACAAUGACAUGUCAUGGGCCAUCAACUUUAAUUAUUAUUGGUUUGUAAGAUAGCUAACCGCUCAUGCUGGGCGGUAUCAACUUUAAAGAUUAUCCAAACUGUUUGUCUAAAAUGACUUUUUAAAACUUAA